GGGGAGGGAUCCCAUCAUCCACCGGCGUGACAUUGGCAGUGAGCGCUCUGUUCAUGUCUCAGGAAUUGAAGAAAAGCAGCAUUCUCCUGUCUUUAGGAGGAUAUUGGAAAACGGUAGUUACGGGCAAAUAUUACCUGGAACUCAAUUCAGUCAGUUUUUCAGUCGAGGAGGACCACUUUGCCUAAGCACAGUCAUCAUGGCAGGCUUGGGGAGCGCAAGACGUAUGUUCCAAUUGGGUAUUUCCCCUCCUUUCUUUUCCGUAGUUGCCCGGACCAGUACUCCCACCAUUCUUUGUGUCAAUGCUUCAUUCAGAUGGCAGUCCACGGCCGCUGCUGCAGCCAUUGCAAAACCAGAACCAGCCCCUCAUUUUCAGGAAAGCAGAAAACCUAAGACCGGAAUUUUGAUGCUGAACAUGGGUGGACCGGAGAAGCUGGAUGAUGUUCAUGACUUUCUGUUUCGCCUUUUCAUGGACACGGAUUUAAUGACGCUUCCGGUGCAAAGUAAACUGGGACCUUUCAUUGCCAAGCGACGCACCCCUAAGAUUCAGGAGCAGUACAGCAGGAUUGGGGGCGGCUCCCCCAUUAAAAAGUGGACCACGGUGCAGGGUGAGGGCAUGGUGAAGCUGCUGGACGAGAUGUGCCCUGACACAGCUCCACACAAGUUCUACAUUGGGUUCCGGUACGUUGACCCGCUGACUGAGGCGGCCAUUGAGACGAUGGAGAAGGACGGGGUGGAGAGGGCGGUGGCUUUCACUCAGUACCCCCAGUACAGCUGCUCCACCACAGGGAGCAGUCUGAACGCCAUCUACCGGUACUACAGCAACCGAAGGGAGCGGCCCAAAAUGCGCUGGAGCGUGAUUGACAGAUGGCCCACACACCCACUCCUCGUCGAGUGCUUCGCCCAGCACAUCCUUAACGAGCUGGAGAAGUUCCCCGCAGACAAGAGGGACGACGUGGUCAUCCUGUUUUCUGCGCAUUCGCUCCCCAUGUCUGUGGUGAAUCGAGGUGACCCUUACCCCCAAGAGGUUGGAGCCACGGUACAGAGGGUCAUGGAGAGGCUGCAGCACUGUAACCCGUACCGGCUCGUCUGGCAGUCCAAGGUGGGUCCCAUGCCCUGGCUCGGCCCGCAGACGGACGACGUCAUCAAGGGGCUGUGCCAGCGGGGCAAGAAGAACCUGCUGCUGGUGCCCAUCGCCUUCACCAGCGACCACAUCGAGACGCUGCACGAGCUGGACAUCGAGUACUCCCAGGUGCUGGGGGAGGAGUGCGGUGUGGAGAAUAUCCGCAGGGCAGAAUCCCUGAACGGUAACCCCCUGUUCUUCAAGGCGCUCGCCGACCUGGUUCGGUCUCAUCUGAGAUCCAACGAGCUGUGCUCCCGGCAGCUGACCCUGCGCUGCCCCCUGUGUGUGAACCCCACCUGCGGCCAGACCAAGGCCUUCUUCUCCAGCCAGAAGCUCUGACCCGAACCCCCAACACCCCCAGACCCCCCCGACUGCAAAGGCAAAAGGACAUGCCCCAGAGUUAACACAACAGCACCAGGAAACUCGUUGGAAAGGACAAGCUGUCUCCCCUCGUCCCUCCCAAAGUUAAAGAAAUAAACAGCGUGAAGGCUUUUCUCAGUUUUAACAGCACUAACAUUCCAGUGCAUCUUGGGAAACCGCAUUCCUCCUUUGUUGAAUAGGAUUUUAAAAAGUAACCCCUUUCUGCUAGCAGAAUCAUCUGGUCAUUUCCCCUUUCACUCUAGAGAUUCCCCUUCAGAGGGCUGUGAAUGAGGCCCCCAGCAGAGCGGGCUCAUCCGGGCCCUGUGUCUCUCUGCUGCUCCCUGCUGUUUCUCUGGGGAACUCACACGCAUACAUGCUGUCAGAAGGAGAUCUUAUUGCACACAGGAGGAUCUCACCGGGCCACAGUGACCCUCUGUCUGUGUGGGCAGACAGGUCAGCGGCUGUCCCAGAUGAACUGUGUGUUUAUGGGAAAAGGACGUCCCUCUGCUGGACGUGGGUUCAGGUGGAGAUGCUGGACCGAUUCUGACUCUGCUCUCAUUCCUGCCAGGGCCCGUUAGCGCUAGCUUUACGCCAUCGCACAACAGCGUGCGCACAGCCACUCCGAAGGACAGACAGACAGACAGACAGAGCGCUGCGGCCUCCAGGACCAGUGACACCCUUACCUGUGUGCACGGACAGACAGACAGUUAGACAGAAAUACAGACGAACCCCUCAGUGUUGUUUAUUCCCUGAGCAAACCUGAAAAGAACACACCUGACCAUGUGCCUUCACGCUCCCCUCGCACAAGGCAUAGCUGCCACAUGACCGCGUAACGCACAUGACUGCCGGCCUCUGCUCCUGUUACCACCGUAGGCAGAUGGGAGAGAGAGGACGUGCUCACUGAGCUCUGCUCAUCCUUUCUUUUCCACGUCAUACCCGUGUGCACUUUUGUUUUUUUUAAUACUGCUGUUGAACAUUCAGAAGUAGUUGAGCUUAACUUAUUUUAUUUAUAUUUUAAAAUGAGCCAUUUAUACAUGUUAAUUUUGUUUACUCUAAAGAACCUUAACGAGUGCUUCCCAAAGUCUUCUUUCUUUGCAUAAAAACAGACCGCAUCAGCAACUUAAUGUGAGUUAAUACAGUAAAGUGCAUUCUCACCUUCACUGUAAUCUGUUUUUCAUUGUCCCCCCCGCUUUUCCCAAGUGGCCCGUAGAUGUUGUUGAUUAAGGGGGGUGAAACUGGGGGCCCUGGUUUAGGGCCGCUGCUCUCAGGGGCUGCUGCUCUCCAGGGCCAGUGUGCGUCCGAAAGGGAGCACAGCGAAGCGAAAGCGCUGUGGACUCUGGGACUCUUUGGACUCUGGGUCUGCAGCACCGUGCGAUCUCUCAUUGAGAGGGCUCCAGUUGACAUCUGCAACGUGAGGGUGUGUGCUGGGCUGGGACGCUAUUGGUAGGAGCUGGGCAAGGUUUGGGUGCGGUUGGGGCUAUGGGUUGGGGGGGGGGGUUUCAUGGGAGAAUGAAAUGAGAAUGGACGAGCAGGAAAGUGAGGGAGGAUGAUAGGAGGGGUUGAAUUGGAAAGGGCAGGAGGGGGAAGAGGGAGAAAGUGACAUGAACAUAUGAACUGGGGUCAGAAAUGUCAUUCUGUAGAAGGGAGGACUACUAAAAGCAGCUCAGUCACAUGCAUUGUUAGGUUGUCUUUUAAUUGAAACCUGGGGGUUGUUUUCUGAGAAAUGGUCAAUUCUCAAACUUACUGUUAUCAUGCUGAUCAGAUGAUAAAACCAGAUUUUAAUACCAUGGUUUGCCUUGUGGUGUAUUUUAUCUAGGGUGGUGCAGUGGGCAAUGUGUAAAAACCAGAGCCUGAGUGAAGGAGAUGCAUCCUGCCAGGUUCAGUCUUUGCAGUGUACUUCACCCAGUGAAGAAAGCAACUGAUCAAUACUUAAUACAACAGGUAAUUGAUCUGAGUUGGUAAAGCUUAAAUUUCUUCUGUCAAACACUAUAUAGCAGGCUAUUAGCUAGUGUAAGUAUAGAACGUUCACAGUAUGCUCAAACUAAGCUUUGUGUUGCCGUGUGCUGUGAUAACAUAGCAUCUGUGUAGUUGUGGUGGUAAUAGAUGAACUUUUGCCUUUUCUCUGAAGCGUUUGAAAAAUAUCCCUGUGCUAUUAAAGUCAAGGUACGAAGAACCUUCACAUGUUUGGUAAGCACAGUUUAAAUAGCAUCACCACACACAGGAAACAGUUUGUGGCAGUCCUGUGUGGGCUUAACUUGCUCUAGCUUUUUCAAACACUUUCACAACAUGGAGAACAGGCUCUGUGCCAGAGAGUCACAGAAUCCCUCGUUGCUGUGACAUCACUAGAGCUUUACUGUCGGGAAAUGGAAAUGACCCAUUGAGCAGCAUACCAAAUGUUUAACUAUGACAGUUGUACAUUAUAGAUAGCUCUGAGAAGUUUCUUUUUUUAAAUGUUUACCUUCUUGAGGAAAUAUUAAAUUGCACUAAAGGAUUUUUCAUAAGGGAUGUGUGUAGAGCUCUUGACUAUACACACUUGUAGCUUGGUAACAGGCACUAUGCAGAUUUUGUGUGUCACUGAUUACAUCAUUGCAAUGUUGCACUACUGGCGUUAAUAAUUUAAGACUGAUUACAUUCAGACUUACAUAAGUACUUAAAUACAUUUGAGGAAAAAAUGAAUCUGAAAGUGUGUACUUUCGCAGAUAAGUAUGUAUAGCUAAACUCUGAUGUGUGGUUUAUCUGGUGAGACUUGUACUUUUAGGGUUCUACAUUGCCAAAAACAAAAAACGAUUUUCAGCAGUGAAGUCGAUGAAUCUGUAGAGGAAAUAUCAGAAAGUAGAGGUUAAUUUAUUUGUUUAAUAAAAUGUUAGAUUUGAUUUAGUGAGCAGCCAGUACAAUGUCAUAAACGCAUUUAGUUAAUUUAUGGAAGAGAUGCAGGCUUCCAAACAUAACUUAGUGCACCUUAAACCAGGACUUCCAUGCGUGUAUGUGGCGUAGAGCUCUCUGCUUUGAAACUGAAAAUGCUUUCGCUUUGUCUAUGUAAGAAUGUCCUUUUCAAUAAACGGGUGGAAUGCUAUGGAGAAAAAAAACAAAACAAAAAAAAAAAACUGCAGAUUUCAUGAAAAGGUGACUUCCUCUGUAUAUACGUCGACCUCGACUGAGAUGUUCAUUUAAGAAUAAAUAUUUGAUUGCA